GGCGCCUCCCCUCUCUUGGGAGGAUGAGACAGCCCAGAGGCUGUGGCGGAGCUGUGGUUGCUGGGUGACCGUCGGAGCCGGGACGGAGCGAGUGUCCGCUGGCGGGUGGGGACGCCCGGGGUGACCUUCGAGCUCCGGACAGGCGGAGCGAGGGCGCCCUGACCGGCCGGUGCGGCGGGCCGGGCGGCAGCGGCGGGCAGCCAGCCUGCGGGAAGGCCUGUCCAGGUGCAUAAUGGCAGAAACUGUGUCUCCACUGAAGCACUUCGUGCUAGCAAAGAAGGCUAUCACUGCAAUCUUUGGCCAGUUACUGGAGUUUGUUACUGAGGGGUCACAUUUUGUUGAAGCAACUUACAGGAAUCCAGAACUUGAUCGAAUAGCAACUGAGGAUGAUCUGGUGGAAAUACAGGGCUACAGAAAUAAGCUUGCUGUCAUUGGGGAGGUGCUCUCUCGAAGACAUAUGAAAGUGGCAUUUUUUGGCAGGACCAGUAGUGGAAAGAGCUCUGUCAUCAAUGCAAUGCUGUGGGAUAAAGUUCUCCCUAGUGGGAUCGGCCACACAACCAACUGCUUCCUGAGUGUCGAGGGAACCGACGGAGAUAAAGCCUACCUUAUGACUGAAGGGUCAGAUGAAAAGAAAAGUGUGAAGACAGUUAAUCAGCUGGCUCAUGCUCUCCAUAUGGACAAAGACUUGAAAGCUGGCUGCCUCGUGCAUGUAUUUUGGCCCAAAGCAAAAUGUGCCCUCUUGAGAGAUGACCUGGUUUUAGUAGACAGCCCAGGUACAGAUGUUACCACAGAGCUUGAUACCUGGAUUGAUAAGUUCUGCCUUGAUGCUGAUGUCUUUGUUUUGGUUGCAAACUCUGAAUCAACACUGAUGAAUACGGAGAAACAUUUUUUUCACAAGGUGAAUGAGCGGCUCUCCAAGCCAAACAUUUUCAUUCUGAAUAAUCGCUGGGAUGCUUCUGCCUCAGAGCCAGAAUAUAUGGAGGAUGUGCGGAGACAGCACAUGGAAAGAUGCCUUCACUUCUUGGUAGAAGAACUCAAAGUUGUGAGUCCUUUGGAAGCUCGGAAUCGGAUCUUUUUUGUUUCAGCCAAGGAAGUUCUCAACUCCCGAAAGCAUAAAGCCCAGGGGAUGCCAGAAGGUGGUGGGGCACUUGCGGAAGGAUUUCAGGCAAGAUUACAAGAGUUUCAGAAUUUUGAACAAACUUUUGAGGAGUGUAUCUCGCAGUCAGCAGUGAAAACAAAGUUUGAACAGCACACUAUCAGAGCUAAACAGAUACUAGACACUGUGAAAAACAUACUGGACUCAGUAAACGUGGCGGCAGCAGAGAAGAGGGUUUAUUCAAUGGAAGAGAGGGAAGACCAGAUUGAUAGACUGGACUUUAUUCGAAACCAGAUGAACCUCUUAACAUUGGAUGUUAAGAAGAAAAUCAAGGAAGUCACGGAGGAGGUGGCAAAUAAGGUUUCUUGUGCAAUGACAGAUGAAAUUUGUCGACUGUCUGUUUUGGUUGAUGAGUUUUGUUCUGAGUUUCAUCCUACCCCCAGUGUACUGAAAGUGUAUAAGAGUGAAUUAAAUAAGCACAUAGAAGAUGGUAUGGGAAGAAAUCUGGCUGACCGGUGCACCAAUGAAGUCAAUGCCUCCAUGCUUCAGUCUCAACAAGAAAUUAUUGAAAACUUGAAGCCAUUACUCCCAGCUGGUAUACAGACUCAACUUCAUACACUAAUCCCUUGCAAAAAGUUUGAUCUCAGCUAUGAUCUAAAUUGCCACAAGUUGUGUUCUGAUUUUCAAGAGGACAUUGUGUUUAGAUUUUCCCUGGGCUGGUCUUCCCUUGUGCAUCGAUUUCUGGGCUCCUCAAAUGCACAGAGAGUGCUGCUUGGGCUCUCCGAGCCGGUCUUUCAGCUCCCUAGAUCUCUAGCUUCAACUCCUACUGCUCCUCCUAAUCCAGCAGCAUCGGAUAAUGCAGCCCAGGAAGAGCUUAUGAUCACCUUGGUCACAGGAUUGGCAUCCCUCACUUCUCGAACCUCCAUGGGCAUCAUUGUUGUUGGGGGUGUGAUCUGGAAAACAUUGGGCUGGAAACUCAUCUCUGUGUCCCUAAGUUUGUAUGGAGCUUUGUAUCUUUAUGAAAGGCUGACCUGGACCACCCGUGCUAAAGAAAGAGCAUUUAAGCAACAGUUUGUGAACUAUGCAACUGAAAAACUGCAGAUGAUUGUGAGCUUCACAAGUGCAAACUGCAGCUACCAAGUACAGCAAGAAAUGGCUACCACUUUUGCUCGACUUUGCCAACAAGUUGAUGUAACUCAGAAAAAUCUGGAAGAAGAAAUUACUAGAUUAUCCAAAGAAAUAGAUCAGCUGGAGAAAAUACAAAACAACUCGAAACUCUUAAGAAAUAAAGCUGUUCAACUUGAAAGUGAGCUGGAGAACUUUUCAAAGCAGUUUCUACCCUCAAGCAAUGAAGAAUCCUAACAACAAAGGCUGCUGUGGCGAUCACAUUGUAGAAGGAAGCGGACUUGGAAGACUAGUUUUAUGAAAUGACCUCAGUAUGAAUUACUAACUUUGAAUAUCGAUGCCUUGCCGACUGUGGUAAUGACCUGUCUCAAGGGGGUUCGCACUUUUUGAAGUGAGGCGAUGCGUCAUUAGCUGUAGUUUGGAGUAAAGACUGAACUGUUUGGAUUGAAUGAUGGAUUUCUUUAGAAACACUGGAACCCACUGUGUAACACCUGAGGGUGGGUCCUGCAGCUCUUAACCAGGGCUUUGGUCUUUGAUUCUGAGUAACUGCUUCCUGGCAUCCAGGAGUUAGAGAUCUUUUCAUCUUCCUUCACUAGUUCUUGAUGCCUUCUUUAAUGGGAAUAUUGAAUUUGUUUAUAAGCUGAUUUGUUCAAACAAGGGAGCGUGGGCUGCUCCUGGGUGUUCUACAGUCACUUUGCCCUCACAGCAAAGAUGUAACCACUACUAAACACGGUUUUUACCCUUUCUUUUAUUCCCAUUAAAAUGGAUGUGAAAUAGUAGAAA